AGCAUCCUCUUCCUCCCCUUCACUCCACAACUAUGGGGAAUCCUUCUUUUUCUUGGGCUCGGGCUAGAGAGGAUACUGGGAGAAUUGACCGUGAAGUCAAGGAAAAAGCUGAGCUCCUUCAUUGCCUUGCCACUAUCUUGAAGGACAAAGCUCAGUCCAGAUUGAUUGCUGCUGAUGAGCAUUGGAGUGAUGGAGCCUUAAAGGCUGAUUUGCAUCUUGCCGACAUCCGUGCUAAACAACGCGCAAUGGAAGAUACCCUGAUGGCCUUGGAGUUUGCUAAAAACAUACAUGAAAUGAUGGUGAAUCAGAUGUAUAUUGUAAAAAUAAAUUCUUUACCAGCAAAUAAUGUGGGAGAUUGUAUAACACAUCAGAAGAAUAAAGACAUCAUUGAUUUCUUUCCCAUGGAUGUGUCUGCCGACCGAACUGCAGCUAUUCAGGAAGCUUACUGGAGUAUGGCGUCAGCACUUUCUGAAGCUGAUGGAGUUGAUUACACUGAUCCUGAAGAGCUUGAGUUGUUGAUUACUGCUCUUAUGGACCUUGAUGCAAUGGAUGGGAAACGAAGUGUAUCCUUGUUGGCAGAGUGUGCAAGUUCUCCUGAUGUCAGUACACGACAAGCAUUAGCAAAUGCAUUGGUGAAAGCCCCAUCCACUUGGGUUUUAGGAAAUGCGGGCAUGGGAGCAUUGCAGAGGCUGGCAGAAGAUAGCAGCCCAGCAAUUGCUGCUGCAGCAUCCAGAGCUAUUUAUGAAUUGAAUAAAGAAUGGGAAAUAGGGGAAGGUUACACCAGAAGGAAAACAGAGUAGCAGAGAAUCUGACACAGAAGAUGCCUGCUGAGCUAUAAUUGAAACCUUGAAUUCUAGGAAUCUAACUUGUAGUUGGAUGAACUCACUUGAUCUCCAUGAGGUGAUUGAUGCUGGUGUAAGGAACAUGCCAUAUCUGAUGGUUAUAUAUGCAUUAUAUACAACUUCCUCGUGCAUACAGAAAUUGGGCAGACUCUUUCUCUGUCAGCCUAUAUUCAUUUAUGGGGUUUUCAAGUGGCGACAUCUCCAUAACUGGGGCAGGGUAA